AUGCCGCUUGACAGUGAUGUCUUUCAAGUCCCUCCUGGCCAUAAUGCACCUCAAGAAGGAAAUGCAGUGAUCGUGUCUUGGAUCACUGCUGAUGAACCAGGCUACAGUGGGGUGAUUUACUGGAGUGCAGAUAGCAAGAAUCAGACGUCUGAGGGCGUUGUUACAACCUAUACAUUCUACAAUUACACUUCUGGAUACAUUCACCACUGCACUAUUGGAAAUUUAUCGGUUGUGGAGUCUGUACCGGAGAACAGGUUUGGAAUUUUCCAAUUGAAAUUCAAUACCACAUAUUACUAUGUAGUUGGAAUAGGCAAUACUGAGAGGCAAUUCUGGUUUACAACUCCUCCCGAAGUUGGUCGGACGACGCUUACUCAUUACGCAUUAAAUCCGCUGAAAGGACAAACAGUUUUGUAUCUUGGGGACCUCUCCUAUGCAGAUGACUAUCCAUAUCAUGAUAAUGUUAGAUGGGAUACAUGGGGGAGAUUCACUGAGAGAAGUGCUGGAGUGCAGGGAAUCAUGAGAUUGAUUUUGCCUCAGAACUUGGUGAAACAAUACCUUUUAAGCCUUACACUCACCGGUCCAAGCACUCCUCAGUACCAAUGGCUCGAGACAGAGCUACCAAAAGUUAACAGGAGUGAGACACCUUGGUUGAUUGUUAUAAUGCAUUGUCCAUGGUAUAAUAGCUACUACUCGCACUACAUGGAAGGAGAAGGCAUAAGAGUGACGUUUGAACCGUGGUUUGUCAAGUACAAAAUUGAUGUCGUAUUUAACGGAACGUGUGUCCAAUGUUGCAUAUCCAAUGUUGCAUAUAAUGUUGUGAAUGCAAAUUGCACUCCUGUGAAAGAUCAAUCUGCACCGGUGUACGUUACAGUUGGUGAUGGAGGAAAUCUUGAAGGCUUAUCGACCGUUAUGACAGAGCCACAGCCAGAUUAG